UGCCGCUGGAGCGCAUAGACACUCCGGUACAGACAAAAACACUAGAUGAGUGGUGCCAGAGAUGGAAUGAAUUCUCCUUCGGAAGAUAAUGUAUUUAUGUUUGUCACAGUUCUCAUGAUUUGCGCUCCAUUCCUGUCCGAAAUACGAAGACUUCUUGUCGGUUGAUAGUUCAGGCAGCUGUGUCUCAGUGGUCGUAAAUGCAGGACUAAAUGACCGCAGUCCUGAAUCGCUGUGAGCAGAGAGAGAAGGGGAGAAAGGCAAGCGCUUCAAUCGUCUUUUGAGGUAGACUAAGACCCGCUUAUCAGAGCCUGUAGGAAAUAGCCCGGAGGUUCCAUAUCAGUGGACAUGCUCUGUAUGGAACUGGGGAAUCAAGAGGAAUUUAUUUAAUCCACUUUGCUCGACGAGGCUCAAUAACUCAGUCAUGACGAGAAGAUGAAAGUUAUAAAGUGUGUCUUUCAAGUAGCCUAUAGGCCUACUUCGGAGGGAAAGCUGUUCACCGCUGUCUUCAGCCUAUUUUUAUUAAAUUAAGUGCACUUGGAACAAACAUUAUUCGUUGCUUGUUUGAGUAAAAUAGGCAACGUGGAGUAAUAACAUUUGUCCCUACAUUUUCAGCCAAAAAGGGGUGUGGAUUUUCUUGAUGGACAACUAAUUUGAUCCUGGGAGGUAACAUUUAAAAACAACAAGACAUCGAACAUUGCCAAAAUGGAUAUGCUAUCAUCGCUGAUUGGAUUUUUACUUGCAAUUUGUCUAACACUGGGAGUCUGUGGAGACCAAGGUGAGGGGUGUGGGGACACCCUGGAUGCCAGCGACGCAGGGUACAUCACGUCCCCGGGCUACCCUCUGGAGUACCCGCCCCACCAGAAUUGCCAGUGGGUCAUCACGGCCCCGGAGCCCUCCCAGCGCAUCGUCCUCAACUUCAACCCCCACUUUGAACUGGAGAGACUGGACUGCAGGUAUGACUUCAUUGAGAUCCGUGAUGGUGGUUCGGACUCGGCUGAGCUGCUGGGUAAGCACUGCAGUAACAUCGCCCCCCCAGCCAUCAUCUCUUCUGGUACUGCCCUGCACAUCAAGUUUGUCUCAGACUACGCCCACCAGGGGGCCGGCUUCUCGCUGCGCUACGAGAUCUUCAAGACAGGAUCGGAAUUCUGUUUCCGGAAUUUCACCAGUCCUUCCGGAGUGAUCGAGUCCCCCGGCUUCCCUGACAAGUACCCCCACAACCUGGAAUGUUCUUACAUCAUCAUAACUCCGCCCCACAUGGACGUGACCCUGACCUUCUUGACCUUUGACCUGGAGAACGAUCCCCUGCUGUCAGGAGAGGGAGACUGCAAGUACGACUGGCUGGACGUAUGGGACGGGCUGCCCCAGGUGGGCCCUCUGAUUGGUCGUUACUGUGGUACUAAGAUUCCUCCUGAGAUCAAGUCAUCAUCUGGUCUGCUGUCUCUGUCCUUCCACACGGACAUGGCUGUGGCCAAAGACGGCUUCUCAGCCCGCUACAACAUGACACACAAAGAAGUCAGCGACACGUUCCACUGCAGUACAGCGUUUGGUCUGGAGUCAGGGAUGAUUUCGGACGACCAGAUCUCAGCCUCGUCCUCCUUCUACGACGGCCGCUGGUCCCCUCGCCAGGCCAGGCUCAACAACAUCGACAACGCCUGGACACCCAGCGAGGACAGCAUCAAGGAGUACAUCCAGAUGUUCCAUGCGAACACAGACCCGUCUGAGGUGGUGUUGAACCGCGUACCCCAGCCGGUCCUAGCCCGCUUCGUACGCAUCCGGCCUCAGAGCUGGAAGAACGGCAUUGCUCUGCGCUUCGAACUCUACGGCUGUCAGAUCAUAGAUGCUCCGUGUUCAGAGAUGCAGGGCCUCCUCUCUGGCCUGCUCCCCGAUGCCCAGAUCUCAGCCUCGUCGGCUCGAGACAUGCUGUGGUCCCCGGGGAACGCCCGCCUGGUGGCCAGCCACUCAGGCUGGUUCCCCGGCCCCGCUCAGCCCCUGGCUGGGGAGGAGUGGCUCCAAGUGGACUUGGGUGUCCCCAAGAUGGUCCGGGGGAUCAUUACCCAGGGGGCGAGGGGCGGAGAGGGGACAAGCAGCACGGACAACAGGGCCUUUGUGAGGAAGUACCGCGUGGCGCACGGUCUAAACGGGAAGGAUUGGGGGUACGUCAUGGACAGCAAGACCAGCCUGCCCAAGAUAUUUGAGGGGAAUACCCACUACGACACCCCUGAGCUACGGCGUUUUGAGGAGACCCUGGCCCAGUUCAUCAGGAUCUAUCCAGAGAGGUGGUCUCCUGCCGGGAUCGGGAUGAGAGUGGAAAUUCUGGGCUGUGACGUGCCAGAAACCAGCACUCUGGCCAACACAGCCACUCCCACUUUGUCUGGUCCAAUGGAGAGCAGCACUGCCCAGCGGGCGAGCAGAGGAGCUAGCUCCUCCCCUCCAUCCAUGGGUGGUGUGUGUGACUUUGAGCAGGGUCUGUGUGGCUGGACUCACGACCCCAGCGCCUCGCUCCAUUGGUCCCUCCACAACAGCUCCAAAGCCCCAGCCCAGGGGCCCAGCCUGGACCACACUCUGCCCCCCAUCGACCUGAAUAGCUACCUGUACAUCGAAGCCAACUCCAAGACGGAGCAGCAGCGAGCCAGGAUCCUAAGCCCCAUGGUGGGACUCGACACGGGGCCUCUCUGCCUGCUCUUCUCCUACCAGCUGUGGGGAGAGGCCCAGGGCACCCUGCGCAUCCUUCUCCGCGAUGCCCACCACGAGGAGACCCUUCUAUGGGCACUCCGCGGCAACCAGGGACCCGUUUGGAAGGAGGGUCGCACCAUCCUGCCCCGAUCCCCCAAAGAGUUCCAGGUGGUUAUGGAAGGCUUCGUUGACCACGGAACCAAGGGCCAUAUCAUGAUCGACAACAUCCACAUGAAUUCUGGUACACCUUUGGAGGAGUGCACACAACCCUUCGUUGCCUUCCUUCCCGACAUGACAGAUAAGAGACCAGAGUUUGGAGACAGCAGACUUUUUAAUGGCAGGAACCAGUUUGAUGGAGGCUGGGCGUUCCCCAAGGAGUUGAGUACGGCGGCCCCGUCCUCCGAGCAACCGGAGACGCUCGUCUCCUCCUCGGCAGAGAAGGACAACUCGUGGCUGUACACGCUGGACCCCAUCCUGGUCACCAUCAUCGUUAUGAGCUCCCUGGGCGUGCUGCUGGGCGCUGUGUGCGCCGGCCUGCUGCUCUACUGCACGUGCUCCUACAGUGGCCUGUCAUCGCGUAGUUCUACCACGCUGGAGAACUACAACUUUGAGCUGUACGACGGCCUCAAGCACAAGGUGAAGCUCAACCAGCAGCGCUGCUGCACCGAGGCAUGAGGAGAAAGAGUAGAGAGAGGAGAGGGGUAGAGGAAAGGAGAGAGGCGGCCAUUUUGAGGAGAUUAUCUCCUCUUUUGUUUUCUCUGCUUAGCUUGGACUGUGAAUUUCCUUUCUGAGCUGAAGGACUACACCUGCCAGAUGGAAGGACAUUUUGGGGAAAAGCCACUUUUUAGACUGAUCUUGAGACCCCUCCCCCUGCUUCAAUCAAAGUGGUGCAGUCCAGGGUGGGGUUUUCUGGACCAGAGCCAAUGAGGGAAGGAUUGGGUAUUUCCCAGAGUGGUCCCUAUUGCGUACUGUUCCAUUGACAGGGGAGUUCAAAUAUCAACACAUAUCAAUGGGCAAAUACCUACUAUCCCCCCCCCAAAAUUCAGAACUCCAUAUAAAUACAUCAUAGUUUUCUAGGUCUAGUUUUUAAACUGGAAAGAUGUGAGGCUAAACUCCUUGACACUGAAAAACGCCUUAGACAGGUGCUUAGAUAGUGUUUCUCUAUCACCUGGACACAGUGGCUUAGACACGUGGACACAGUGGCCUAGAACCUAGUGAAGUGAAUUCUUUAUGAAGCGGUGUUUUUGUUGAGUUAGACUCUUGCGUCUCUGUAACACAUCAGCCUCAGUUCUCCACCCCCUUUUCUGACAGGUCUGUGGUAUUUUUAGACGAAUCACCGUCUUUGGUGUGUGUCUUUUUGUUAUUUGUUCAAGCCUUCUCUGUUUUAUUUCUUGUUUUGGCCCGUUGCCAGCCUGUAAAUGCUGAUAAAGAAAGGAGGAGGGAGGAGGGGUUCUAAUCAUGUUCUCUUCUAAACGUGUUCUGUUGAAGAUCGAAAGCAAGGGAGUUUAUUGUUAGAUUUCGUCUCAGGCUGCUGUUGCCGGUGGGUUGUAUCGAAAAGAAGGUUGACGGCCGUGUUUACAGUAAACUGUGGCUGGGUGAAGUAAAAACGUCCAAGGUGAACGAUGGUUUUGGUCAGCGCCGCGCGUGGAUUGCUGGGAAAUCCAGGCAGAGACUGAAUAGCCGUCUGCAAUUGAGAACUGAUAAAGAGAGAAGAAAAAAAUGAAUCAAUGGAUCACUAAAUCCUAAAUCAACCUCUCCGGGGACAAUGUACUCUGAACGAAUCAACAAUAAAACCCAAAGUGGGACACAAUAAAAAAUAAAUAUAUAUAUAUAUUCUAGACCAUUGCUUGACAGUGGACACACAUCUGAGCUUGAAGUCAGCGAUUGGUAGAGGAAACACCAAUGGAAGGACACCAUUUCCUCAGAGUGGACCGAUGUGGUCUUGGUGUCAUGUUUCGUGCUCUCCUCGUUUGACGUUUGUUGCUCUUAUUUUCCCACACUUUGACUCCAUUUUGCGUUGUCACGGCGAGGCUGGCGUUUUAACAGGAAACAGGUUCAUGGGGAGAGAUAAAUGAGGGGGAUUUAAACACACAUCUGCUCCCUCUGGACUAUCUAGCCUUGUGAAGGAGGAGAGGGAAAGAGAACAGUAGAUAUUUCCACUGUACCUCGGACUUCUCACUUUCACACACGCUGAUCACACACACACACAUGCAUACACAGCGUGCACAUGCUAGCACACACACACACACCGAAGAAAUAGUAUCCUGGUCAUUCUGAUGCGAUGCUGGGCAUGUAUAGGUCUGUGUGCGUCUGGAGGCACUGGUGUGGAACCAGGCUAGUGCUGAUCAAGAGGCCAGGUUGUUGGGGAGGGGUUGCUGAGCCAUGAGGUGGAGCCUAUCCCCUUCUCCCUUCCGCCCUCCACCCCAACAACCCACAUUCCCUCUCCUAUCCCAGAGGCUCUCAUCACUGGGCCCCACUGACUCUCUUCCAGGUGCCUUGGAGCUUCUGUGGUUCAGCUUGCCUUUGUAGCCCGUAUCAGAUUACAGAUACAGAACAGUAGCCCAAUCUGUCUGGGCAGGAGGGGCUAAAACACACCUCCCUGGGCAAGUGAGGGGCUAAACCUCACAAGGACCACCCUGACUCUGGUCAGACCUAAUUGUUGCUUGGGGGCUUUGUACAGAAAUGUUCUUUUUAUGAUUGUUAUUAAUAUUGUUAUUCUGAUUAUUUAAUAAAGGAUUUAUACCAUACAGUG